CCGACUCGGCUGGCGGCCAACAAGCUGUGACACGAAGCUCCAUAGCCGGCUUGCCUAUAAAAAGAAACUGGCUGGCAUUGCACACAGCAGUUGAGCAUACACUUUGACUGGCAUAGAACGAAGAACGCGCUUAACAUGGGUCAUACAAGAGCUUUACAUUUGGCUACCGUCCUACUGGGCAUGACUAGCUUGGCAUUGGUACAAGCCGACGAGCAAAUUUAUCGCAUGUGCGUACCGCAGAAAUACUAUCAAGACUGUUUGGAUCUGUUGAAGGAUCCCUCCGAGGCUGGCAUACAGAUGCAGUGUGUGGCGGGACGUGAUCGCAUCGAUUGUUUGGACAAAAUCAAUCAACGCAAGGCCGAUGUGCUCGCCAGCGAACCGGAGGAUAUGUAUGUUGCCUAUCAUACGAAGAAUCAGGAUUACCGCGUCAUCUCGGAGAUACGCACCAAAGAGGAUAAGGACGCUGAGUUCCGUUAUGAGGGCAUUAUUUUGGUGAAGAAAAAUUCGAACAUUAACAGUUUGAAGGAGUUGCGCGGCAAGAAAUCGUGUCACACGGGUUUCGGACGUAAUGUGGGCUAUAAGAUCCCCAUUACCAAGUUGAAGAACACACAGAUACUUAAAGUAUCUUUGGAUCCUGAACUCAGCGCUACCGAUCGUGAGCUGAAGGCUUUAUCUGAAUUCUUCUCACAAUCUUGUCUCGUUGGCACCUACUCACCUUAUCCAGAUACUGAUCGUCUACUGAAAAAGAAAUACCCCAACUUGUGCGCGCUCUGCGAGAAACCCGAACAAUGUAAUUACCCUGAUAAAUUCUCCGGUUAUGAUGGCGCCAUACGUUGCUUGGACAAGGGCAAGGGCGAGGUGGCAUUCACGAAAGUGCAAUACAUCAAGAAAUACUUUGGCCUGUCACCCGGCUCCACCGCUGAAGGUGAUCCCUCCGAGUUUGAAUAUCUGUGUGAGGAUGGCAGUCGUCGUCCAGUCACCGGUCCUGCUUGCUCGUGGGCACAACGUCCAUGGACUGGUUACAUCUCGAAUGUCGAUGCGGUAAAUGGUGAAGAGAAGUUGCAUAACCUACAGAAUCGUCUUGAGAAAUUCUUUGAGAAUGGCUUGCAUGCCGAGAAUAAGGUGGCCGCCCAGCAUUUGCUCAUCAACGAGAAUGCCGUGUAUCACAGCAAACCGGCCGCAGUCGAACCGAAAGUGUAUCUCGAACGCGCCGGUUAUAAGGAUGUGAUCGAACGUGAUGGCAGCGCCAUCAGGAAGUUGCGUCUCUGUGUGCAGACACCCAUCGAGUUGGCCAAAUGUGAUUCCAUGCGUCGCGCUGCCUACUCACGUGAAAUUCGUCCAGAAUUGGAGUGUGUGCAGGAUGUGGAUUGUCUAUUGGCCGUUCAGAAGAAUAAUGCCGAUUUGGUUGUGGUGCCAGGCAAUGAUUACGCCGAUGCGCGUCAAGAGAAACUCAAGCCGAUUGUAUAUGAGAGUUACGGACCCGACAAUGUCUAUGUAGCGGUUGUAGAGCCGAGCGUAAGCAAGGAUGUGCAAAAGCUGCCAAUCAACUAUGAUGCGCAGAACAAACGCGCCAGUUUAGCGGCCAACUUCCUGAACAAACGUCGCAACAUUAACCCCUGUCAGAAUGCACCGUCCACUGAGAAGAAUCUGCUCAUCGUACACUCAAGCGAAUUGGAACAGCAUAAGAAUAAGCAGCUGGUGUGCCCCAGUUUGGAAGUGAAGGCCGUAACCGAGUACCAUACGUGCAACUUGGAGGCUAACUUGCCGGUGGCUGUCUUCAUACGCGAGAGCACAACACCCGUUGAGCAGGAGACCAUCAAACAACUGUUCGUUUCGAUUUCAUCGAAGUUCGGUAAAGAGGGCAAGUUGGCCGAUGUCUUUGCUCUGUUCGCUCCGUUUGAGAAGGACGCCAAGAAUGUGCUGUUCGAUGAUGAUGCUGUUGAAUUCGUGACUGAGUUGAAGAAUCCCAACAUCAAUGAGCAAAUCUACAAUGAGCUCUCAUGUGAUAAACAAACGAUUUCAAAGAACUAAAAUUCCGUGAUUAAAUAUAAUACAUACAUACACGACUCUAUAAUCAUACUUUUGAGUUUUCAUAAUUCCUGAAAUACUUAAAUAAAAAUUAUCAUUUAUAUUUGAGAAGAAA